AUGAGGGGAGAGCGGGGCGCCGUCAUGGGCACCACUACUCACAUCACGCGAGACAUGGGGGAGGAAACCCCUCUCCUAAUCACCACGACACCAGCUUCCACCACCCAGCGACCCAGCACCGAUGUACCGAGCACGUACAGAUAUAGCUACGUCGCCGAGUCCAGUGCAGUGACUCCAGCCCACGCAGGCACCCGUCGCACUGCCGCCAUCUCAGCACAGCUAACCCACACCGAACGCAUCUGGCUCUACCUGGCCAUCUUCCUCGUAGGCUACAGCUACGGUCUCGACAGCCAGGUCCGCUCCACAUACCAACCGUACGCGACCUCCAGCCUCUCUCUCCACUCGUACCACUCCACCAUCAACGUCCUGCGGAGCGUGGUCGCCGUCGCCUCGCAACCCACGGCCGCCACGCUCUCCGACGCCUUUGGCCGGUUCCACGCCGUGGCCUUCUUCACCGUGCUGUACACGGUCGGGACCGCCAUCGAGGCCUGCGCGAACUCGGUCGAGGCCUUCUGCCUCGGCGCCGUCCUGUACCAGAUCGGCUACACCGCCAUCAUACUGCUGCUGGAGGUCCUGGUCGCCGAUGUGUCGUCCAUGCGGUCCCGUGUCCUUUUCAGCUACGUCCCCGCCGUGCCGUUUAUUAUUAACACCUGGAUUAGCGGGAACGUCACCUCGGCCGUCCUCCGCGUGACGACGUGGCGCUGGGGCAUCGGCAUGUGGUGCAUCAUUUAUCCCGUCGCCUCACUCCCCCUCCUUGCGAUCCUGUACUCUAUAGAGCGUCGCGCCGGGAAACACGUUGCUGCGGAGGAAAACUCCUGUCUGCCUCCCCCGCCCGCCCGGUCCCGAUGGAGCUGGGACCUCCUCCGUCGCAUCGACGCCGUCGGCCUCGUGACUCUAGUCGCCGCCUUCUCCUUCACCCUGGCCCCGCUAACCGUCGCAGGCGGCAAAGCGAGCCACUGGCAAUCCCCGAGCGUCCUCGUCCCGCUCGUCGUCGGGCUCGGCUGCUUCCCGCUCUUCGUCCUCUGGGAAAAGAGGAAAGGGGCCGAGACGCCGCUGAUCCCGUUCCACCUGAUGAAGGACCGCGGCGUCUGGUCCGCGCUGGCGGUGCGGAGCCUCCUCAACUUCGCCUGGACCAUCCAGGGGAACUACCUGUACACGGUCCUCGUGGUGGGGUUCGAUUUCUCCAUCGAGUCGGCCACGCGCAUCACGUCCUUCUUUUCCUUCUUCGGCGUCGUCAGCGGCAUCUUGGUCGGGUUCGUCAUCUACAGGGUGCGGAGGCUGAAAUCCAUCAUCGUCGCCGGCACGUGCGUCUUCAUGGCGGCGCUCGGCAUCCUGAUCAACUUCCCCGGCGGGGCCUCGGUCGGGGCGCAAUCGGGGCUCGUGGCAGGGCAGGUCCUCCUGGGUUUGGCGGGCGGGUUGUUCGCUUACCCGACCCAGGCGUCUAUUCAGGCCUCGGCGACGCGGGAGCACGUUGCUAUGAUUACGGGCCUUUACCUCUCGUUUUUCAAUGUGGGCAGUGCCUUUGGGAACUGUGUGUCCGGCGCCAUCUGGACGCAGACUUUGUACCCGGCCCUGGCGUCGAACUUGGCCUUCCAACCGAAUGGGACGUUGGCCCAGGCCGUUUACGACUCGCCGUUUACGGUGGUUCCGGAGUAUCCUGUGGGCGGCGAGAUUAGAGACGCCAUUAUUGAUAGUUAUAGUUAUGUCCAGCGGCUUCUUUGCAUCACGGCUUGCUGUCUCUGUGUGCCUAUGAUUGGGUUUUCCCUGGCGUUGAGGAACCCGAGGUUAUCGGAGGACGAGGUGCAGGAGGAAGCCGAGGAGGCUGUUAGUCAACGGUCAACGGGCGGUUCUUGUUCCGCCUCCGAAGCCCUGGCACGGGAAUACGUCAAAUCAUUCUAUCAAUUCAUGAGAAAAGACGAAAAGAAGGGCUGCAUCGGCAACGGGAUGCAAGGCCCCAACUCUUGGCUUCAGAAACCUUGGACAGUUAAACCGGCCCAGUACCUUACGCUUUCACCUACUGGGGCCUUGUUUCGUUUCGGCCUCUGUGUUGGUCCACGGUGCGCCCCUCGGCGACCUCAAAAUCCCGCCCGGCUACUUUCGGCCGCCAGCUCGACCGCCGAGACCUGCACCCCACGGACUGGGAUGGCGGACGGCGAUGGGCGCGCCGACAUGAUCUGGACUGACAAGUUCACCGGCGACGGGACCGUGUUACAUAACCUCGGCCGUCGCGACGACGUCGACGGCUCGCGAUUCGAGUGGAGCCAUGCCGGACCCGACCAGCACAAUCUCCUCGGGACGUGGACCAAUGAGGCCGAGACGUGGUUCAACAGGUGCGAAAAAGAGGGCAAGGAGGACGAUGAGGAAGCGUCCACGAUCCAGAUCUUCCGUGCAGAAAAGGCUGUAGAAACAUCGAUGGCCGGCCAACAGAAACUCAACUCGUCGCACAUAAAUCAUUGUUCCUCUCUAUCGCAAGAGAGUCUGGAAGGGCGGUAA